CUACGGCCUAAAAUUGAGGCUGAUGGUCACGUGAUAUCACAAGAUGGCAACUUCGUUAUAGAAUAUAGAUACGGUGUUUGUUGGGAUCAAUUAUAUUAGCUAUAUGCAUGCAUAUGCAACCGGAUAGAUUACAUCUUGGCUUUAUCCUCACUAGAUAAAUGCAUGUUUGCAUCUACGCCUGUUCCCAUUCCUUAGGUUUGUUUAUUUUUUUAAUGAAGUCGGCGGCGCUACUAGCGGUGACUCACACUUUCUAACGACGGGGGAAAUAGUCAUAUAUCAGUUAUCGCACCAAGAAUGGCUCUAAAUGUCUUUGACCAUGAUGAAUACAGGCCGCCAGUGUGGAAAUCUUACCUGUAUCAGCUCCAGCAGGAGGCACCACAUCCACGGCGACUGACCUGCACCUCUGAGGGUCGAUACAGCUGGAUUCAGACAAAGACAUGUUCCUACCAUCACAAGUGUAUACUCCACUUUACACGCCUCCUUCUCUCCAAUCCGUACAUCUUAUGGUUCGACAGGAAGAGGGUGGAUAACCGGCCCAAAUACUAUGGGAGAGAGUACCAUGGGAUGAUCUCCAGAGAGGAGGCUGACCAGCUGCUGAGUGUGGCAGAGGGGAGUUACCUCAUCAGAGAGAGCCAGAGGCAGCCUGGGACCUACACACUGGCCCUACGCUUUGGAAAUCAAACCAGGAACUUCCGCCUCUACCGUGAUGGGAAACACUUUGUUGGGGAGAAGCGCUUUGAGUCCAUCCACGACCUUGUGACAGAUGGGCUGAUCACGCUCUACAUCGAGACCAAGGCAGCAGAGUACAUCGCUAAGAUGACUAUCAACCCAAUCUAUGAGCACAUCGGCUACACAACACUCAACAAGGAGCCCACGCUGAAGAAACACUUGCCUGUGUGCCAGGAGGUUCCUGAUGGGCCUGCGCCACAGGGAGAGCGGGGUGACGAGGAGAAAGGGCUCACCUCACUGGUCCGUCGAGCCACCCUGAAGGACAACGACCACGCGACCAAGUAUGAGAAAGUCCACAAUUUCAAGGUGCACACCUUCCGGGGACCCCACUGGUGUGAAUAUUGUGCCAACUUCAUGUGGGGCCUCAUCGCUCAGGGAGUUAAAUGUGCAGAUUGCGGUUUGAAUGUCCACAAACAGUGUUCCAAAAUGGUGCCAAACGACUGUAAGCCUGACCUCAAGCAUGUCAAGAAAGUAUACAGUUGUGACCUUACGACCCUGGUAAAAGCCCACAAUUCCAAGCGACCCAUGGUGGUGGACAUGUGCAUACAAGAGAUUGAGUCUAGAGGUGUUCAGUCUGAGGGCCUGUACAGAAUCUCAGGCUUCAGUGAUCUGAUUGAAGAUGUGAAGCUGGCUUUUGACAGAGAUGGUGAAAAGGCGGACAUUUCUGUGAAUGUGUAUGAAGACAUCAAUAUAAUCACUGGCGCACUGAAACUGUACUUCAGGGAUUUACCUAUUCCUCUUAUCACGUAUGACGCCUACCCAAGGUUCAUGGAGGCAGCAAAGAUUACAGAUCCAGACAAGCGGUUAGAGGCCCAUCAUGAAGCUCUGAAGCUGCUGCCACCUGCACACUGUGAAACACUGUGUUAUCUCAUGGCCCACUUAAAGAGGGUAACCCAAAAUGAGAAAGACACCCUGAUGAAUGCAGAAAACCUUGGCAUUGUUUUUGGGCCCACCCUCAUGCGUGCCCCAGACCUGGAUGCGAUGACGGCGCUCAAUGACAUCCGCUACCAGAGACAGGUGGUGGAGACGCUUAUAAAGAACGAAGACAUUCUGUUCUGAAAGGGGAUGACAAACAAUGAAGGAAUCUUAAAUCAUGAAUAAGCUAUUUACUCAUAAUUUAGAAAGGAGGAAGUGACAAUGUUUUUAAUAUUUUCCCUUUGUAAAACCAAGACUUGAAUAAUAAUGGAGUUUUUGCACCAUUGUACAUUAUUUUCCACUCCCAGUGAACCAUGUCUGAAGAGAUGUCUGUUGGGUUUGAAUCACGUACCUUAGACUUGUCUUUUGCAUGUUCAUCCCCCCAUUUGUGUCGGGGUAAUUGAUGGAACACACAUUCCUUUGGAUAGCUAGUAUGUGAUUUUGUUUUCAGAUAUUGGGUCAAACCAAAGGGAAAGAGAGAGGACUCAACUUUAUCUCUGACAUUGUAGUGUCUUUGACAGCAUGGGCAGUGCCAUUGAUGCUACAACCCAUAGGAAUCCCCAUCCAGUUGGCUACUUUUAAUACUUUGAAAUGGCGGCGGCAUGGUGGAAGCCCUCAAUGGCAAUGUCCAUGCCAAAAUGGGUUAUAUACAUGAUGAGUCCUCUAUCUCUAUGGGUCACACUCACUCAUUAGCUGCUCUCUCUGAUCUUGUAGAUGUGGCUCAUUUGUUUCAUGAUGGGUUUAUUCUUCCUGUGAAUCACUAAUGUACCUGGAUGUAACAUAGAAUACCAUUAGUUAAAAACCUUGUUUAUUUUGUUUAAAAUUGUUGUUUGUAUGUUGUUCAUUUCAAAUAAAUGCAGUGGGAUAUUUA